UCAUUUGUUCCGGCUGUCAUAAUCUUGGCUUUCCUCCAAAUCUUGUCAGUGAGCGAAGAAUUAUUGAAUUUUCUGUAAGUUUUCCUCUCAAGUUUUGUUGAACAACGGAGAACAUUUAAAUACUUGCGAUCGUAAACAUACACAGGUAAUGAAAUUGAUAAUUUUAUUAUUUACACCUAUGCUAUUUUCUGUAUCACGUGGAAGGGUUAAGUUAGAUCAAGAUCCCAUAAAUGAAAUACAUACAUUCCUUUAUUGUUUAUAUUUUAUUAUAUUAUUGACAUUUGCAUAAACUGGAAUGCUCAUAGUUAAGCUUCCGUGAUGUAUCAUAAAUCGAAUCAUAUCGCUGUGGAGGGUAUUAAUACACAAUGUUUCCAAUGUCGCUUUUAACUCAUUGACAGGGGAAUUGUUUAAAAUAGAAAUACCGGGCAGCAUACGCAUUGCGCUUAUUUAAUAAAUUAUUCGCGUAUAAAUUAUCGAUGGUGAAGAUUGAUAUCCAAACAAAAUUGUAUAAUAACGAAAAUGAAUUGCCAUACAUGAUAUUAAAUACGAUUGAUAAACGAUUGCUUUGCUUUCUCUGUACGAAGGUAAACAAAAAUUUCAUUAUAUUAUUCAUUAUUUGAGUAAUUAAUGCCGAGUGUCAAAUACCAAAAUAAAAUCAUGUCACAGAUCCAGAUACCAUUAUCUCCGAUCGAUAAUUGCGAUUAUGCGAAUUAUGCGAGAUCACGUAAGGAAACGAGAGGCGAUUAACGAAUGCGCUUUUCGUCACUCGUCCGGAAACUUAGGCCAAGAUUUAAACAUUAGUUUCAUGACAGUUUAAUGUCUGCGCCUUGGCACGACGCGCGAAGCGACUGGCUACUAGAUCUUUAGUAGCGAUGUUGAAACCAGGCUUGUGACACGCUCGGAUAAGCCGGCCGUAUAUUAUAACGGCAUUUAAUAUCGCCCGUUUCCCCCCCCCUCUUUUCCUUUACCUUCAUUAUAAUAAUAUAUUCGAUAUACCUAAAGGGAGGGCGCGGCGCGUCUCGCGCUUGAGCCGUCGUCAUGGCAAGAUCAAGGGCAGAAAAUUAAAGCGGGAUAGAAAAUUAAGACGACACGACGAAUAACCCGACUUGUAGAAAGCUUGUAAAACAUGGCACGAAAUUAUAUAGGGUGCCUAAAAAAAUUUCAACGCGGCUCCAUCAUCUAUGUUUGUUAUCAAUAGAUAGGAAGCCCACGCAACAUUAAAACCUCGUAACUGGAACACCUGUCGAACAUUCACGUUCUCGAUAUUCCAUCGUCGACGAGCAUCCAAGUAGCUUUGCGUAGAUUGACGGGACGAGGAGCGCUGAAAUAAAAAUAGGAAAUAAAACUUGCGAUACGGGCGGUGAGAAAUAAUUACAACAUCCAGCACGUGCCAACCAAUUGCUGCGAACGUCCCAUUGAUUAUUACGGUAUUAAAUAUAUAAAUGUUAUUGGUACUUUAUCGGUUCGACACGGAAUGAUAAAUGAUAAUCCCUUCAACGAAUCGUUAAUGUCUCCUGUGUUUCGUCGUGUUUGACACACAUUCUUGAAUUGCGAUUUACCUAUUGUUACGAUCGCACUUCUCUCACCGAUGAAAUCGAAUGCGAGCGAAUGUUGUUUCGCGAAAUGAUAAUUCUCCGCAUACAGCGAUAACGUUUCGCGUUACUUCCGCGAUAGCCCGCUCGUUCGUUAUGACAAAUCGCCGAGAGUUUGCCAGCAUAAUUCAUCACACUUUCCCUCGAGAAGCCUCGACGAGUUCCGGCGCAUGCCGUUCGAUCGCGGGGCAAUCCUAACGGACCGCGAGCCCGAUUCGACCAUUGAGACCGUUCCGAUCUCGAAAAGCUCGGGCUAAUUCGGAGCCGCACGCGGAGCCGCUCGAGAUUCCGAGGGACGGGGCGCGUCAGAACGUCUUUACGAAAGCGCGACAGACACGCACGAGGGACGCGACGUCUUGGGGAACACCCGCGGAGACGGUGCGGAAGGUGGACGGAGGAGGACCAAGCGCGAGGAAGAGGGAACGACGAAGAGAGGAGGCGCGCAGGCGCCGAUCCAACGCGUGGAGAACGCUCGUCGUCCGCGUGGCGCGAGUUAGAACUUGACUUGGUGCUUUUAGUCUUGUCCCGUCCCUUCGUUCAUCCUCGUCCUUACCGGGCGAGAGCAGCCCCUACGCGGCUAUUCAGGUCAGGAAAGAAGUAUGCGCCCGAUAUCCGGACCGGUUGCGGGAAGAAGGACGUGGCGCCGAGGAGGAUUCCGUCUGAACCGGCGUGCCGUUCGCCAGCGAUGAAGAGGACCACGCGUCGCCCCCACGUGCCUUUCACGGGUUCGUAGCAGCGCGACUCCACGGCGAAGUGAAAGUUCAUUGACGGAGUCUCUAACAGAGUCUUCAACGAAACUCUUUCGCUCGAGGAUCGUCUUUCCGGUAAACAUCGACAACACGUGAUCGCAGUCGAUAAUUGGUACUCAAAUGAGGAGAAAGAAUAACAAGACGUAACAGUCUGCCCUCCGAGGUACAAAAAUAACAUCCUGUAAAUUGAGAAGGAAACUUGGAAACCACCGCUUAUCGAGUACCGAUCUGAUCGCGACAUGUCGCAGAAGAUUUUAUCUUGUCGACCGACACCCUCGGUCAAGAUGAACGACCCUCGCAAUUCGAAGAGGAGCACUCGCGCGUUGCGUCGAUGGCGAAUCCUGGCCAGGGCGCUGACAGGCUCGCCGGAGCCGAUCGGCAGCGAGUCCGAUGAGGAGGUAUCGGUCAGACGGUUCACCAGCUUCGGCCUGCUGAAGUGCGCGCUGCUGAAGAACAUGCUGACGGACGGCGAGUCCAGCUGGUGCGAGUACUCGGCCCAGCUGGACGGUCGGCCGUACGACGUGCAGAUACGCCGGAUAAGCAAGUGCUUCACGGCGAGCGAGCUGAUUGGCUUCAACAACACCGGCAACGUGUGCGUCUGGCCGUCCGAGGAGUGUCUGGCCUACUACCUGCUGAGGAAUCGCGGCCUCUGCCGGAACCGGAACGUCCUUGAACUCGGCGGCGGUAUGAGCUGCCUGGCCGGCGUGCUCGUCGCCAAGUACUGUAAUCCCAGCACCGUCACCCUCACGGACGGCAACGUGACCAGCGUCGACAACGUGCGCUGCAUCGUCGCCAGGAACGACAUGGCGCAUCUGGUGGAGUGCGGGGUCGUGCAGUGGGCCCAGGCUGCCAGAACCCUUCGACAGACGGCGAUGAACGGUAACCGCGUUAAGACUCGGAUGGCCGACGACGACGAAGACGCUCGACUACCAUCGGGCCUCUACGAUGUAAUUCUGAGCGCCGAUUGCCUCUUCUUCGACGACGCGCGUCUAGAUCUGGUGGAGACGAUCUACGGCUGGUUGGCCGACAACGGGAUCGCCCUGGUGAUGGCACCUAGACGCGGCAUGACAUUCCAAAAAUUUGCCGAGGCAUCGAUCAAACGUGGUUUCAUAGCGCGCCAGACCGAACGUUACGACGACAUGGUGUGGUCGAGGCAUCUGGAGCUGCUGGAGAACAAUCCGGAGUACUGUCCGGAUCUGCAUUAUCCGGUGCUGCUGGAGCUCAGCAAGCAGAAGAAGACGCCGCCCGGAUGAUCGGGCUCGAUCGACGAGGACGACCAACCGGACGAGACCCUCAGCGAGGAAUGAAAAUACAUUUGCGAGAUACACGUGCUCUUUUUUGAUAUGUACACUCUCUGUUCGCGCGUAUAGUAAAAUUGUAUACGAGAGCAAUGAAAAUAUUAUUUCCGAGUAAGGAUGCGCGUUUAGCUUUAACCGAUGUAAAGAUGCAUAAAGCCUGCCUUUAUGUCGCCCAGCAAUGUCAAGGUUGAUUUUUUUUAUUGGUGCGUCUGAUGAGACGCGUUUAGCGGUCACAUCCACUCGCGGAUCGAUCUUCCGCUCGUACGCAUCGUUCCACAUCGUCGCUGCUAUCGGAAAAGUUCCACAAGGAAGGUAUUAUAACAUGCGACGUGCGAGAAUCACUCGAUGGGCUCCCUUAAACACGCUUGACCUUACCCCAUCCCCGUCAAUUAACCCAUGAGUGUUUGCGGUAGAUACCCGAUAUGGACGAACGCGUUUUCAAAAGUACAAAUGUUAAUCACAUCCGUUGCUUUCAACGUCUAAUAUUUAUCUGAACUUAAUUACAUAUGAUUGACUUGGCAAAUGCGUUUCGUAGCGCGAGUGUUUGCAACAAAUAAUGGACGUGGAAUGGUGCAGCGAGCCAUAAUCCUUCGCUUUAAAUUAGUCUAAAAUAUCAGAGCCGCAGAUAUUAUUCUCACUCGCAGCAGGUGAGACUUCUGGCAGCAUUUUGCACGCAACAUAUAUCGGGAAACAGGAAGCGAGUAGAAACGACAAGUAGAAAAUUUCAGAUUACAGCAUUCUAUGACGAGGAAGGCUUGGAACUUAAAGUUAUCUUACAAAUAUUUAUAUCACGAUAUAUAUCGAAUGAAGAUUAUAUUU